AUGUCAGAUUGCGCUGCACAAUGUACCAAAACAAUUUCAAAGAAUUCGCUCGUUCUGGCAGUGCUUCUAGUCGAGACCGUGGUGAUAAUCCUGUCUCUCGUAUUCACUAUUCUGAACUUAUUCAACUCUGAUGAGAGCGGCUACAAAUCAUAUCAUCCCGAUUUGUCUGAAAUCGUUGGAUACAGUCUGCUACAGCCUAUUUUUGUUUAUCAGAUCCUCUGGCUCGCUUCCAACAUUGUGUCAGUGAUCAGUCUCCACAUUCAAAAACCCUACAUUUUCUUCUUCACCUUGAUAGUACCAAUUAUCGGACUCACAUUAUGCGUAAUCCUUCUUGUGCCAUCAGUCAACCAUCUGGUUUCCCACCAUUUUGAUGUCAGCGGGUUCUUCAUGGGAUUUGUUUGUGCUCUUGCCGUUUUUGUGAUCGCUUUCAUUUUAUUCACUAUUGCGAAAAUUUCAACUUUCCGGAAAAUGGUAAAAAAUAUGAAGGUUGUCCAAACAACUGCCGAAAAGUCUCCAGAAGAUCCUCAAUCAGAAGCACCGGAACCAGAGCCAACUCGAGUAAAGGAUCCGGAUGAAAUCAGCGUUUCGUUUAGUCGUCGAUCAACAAUGAGCAUGAAUGACGAACGUUUUGUCCCGCCACCUCGUCGUUAA